AUGGCCGCCCCCAUGAAACAUGUUUUUAGAGUGAUUAGGGCUUGCUCAGAUAAAUUCUACAAACACACCGGAUUCGGAUUCAUGUGUAGGACUAGAGGCACAAUAGGAUAUACACAACUUAUACGUCCACAAAAAUACUCGUGUUACAGUAAAAGUUUUCAUCCUACAUGGAAAUAUGGAGGCUAUACUGGCAUUGGAAUUUGGAGUUUUUUCACUAUGAAAAAAGAAGAGGUUAAUGAAACUGAAAAAGAAGCUGAACAUGAUGUCACUGAUGGAGACAAAGAUAAAGAUUUGCUUCAAGACCAGACUGAUAUUGAGCACUACAUUAGACUAGCAAAAAUUGCACAGAUGAAAAAGGAAUUUGAAGAGGCAGACAUGUACUACCAUAAAGCAUUGAAGGUAGCAAACAAGAAGUUUAAGGCAGAUAAACUCUCAAAAAAGCUCAGUAUACAAGCUAGGACAUAUAUCUUUGAUGCAAUGGCUGAUAUGGCUCUCAGUCAGGGGAAGUUUGACAAGGCAGAGGUUUUAUACAAGGACACACUUAAGGGUUAUCUGGAGACUGGUGGAGAUAGGAAAGACAAUGCUGUGAUGGAGCUUACUCUGAAACUAUCUAGUCUUUAUGCCAUGAUAAAGAAGGACCACGAGGCCAGGCUAGGAUUAACAACAGUUAUAGAAUGUCAAGAAGAAAAGAUUAAAGCUAAUCCAAAAUCUGACAUAGAUACAUAUGGACUGUUAGGUAUUGCCCUUCAGACAUACGGCCGAUUUCUCCUCCACCAUAAUGAACUGGAAAAAGCUGAGACUGUUUUCUGUCGUUGUGAAGAAAUAUGUUCACAUGCAGUAGGAGAAAAUUCUUCUCAGAUGCUUAGAGUGUUAAAUGAUCUAGCAGCAGUGCAGAUAGUACAAUCAAACUAUACCAAGGCUGAAGUGACCCUACAGAAGGCUUUAGUGAUAAGUCAGAAUAUGGAAUCAUGUGAUGCUGUGCAUGCUAUCUAUAGCAAUCUGGGUGCGAUCUCGCUCAAACUGUCACAGCUGGAUUUAGCAGAGACAAGGUGUUCAACAGCUUUAAAACUGGCCAGAGAAGCUGGAGAUGAAUUUGCUCAGAAACAAGCUUAUCAUUGUUUACGAAAAGUUAAGGAGGCAAGACAAUCUCAACCUGUUAAGUGAUUAUGUAGAUAUAAAUUUUUGCUUACAUAUAUGUUGUCUCCAAAAUUGCAAUACAUGUUUGCACUUUGACUGAUAAUUUGAUUUAUUUGUAGUAUAUUCUAGUCUGACUAGAGUUAUCGAAUUUGGAUAUUUAAACAAAAUAAUAUCAGUACUAUCUACAGUACAUACUUAUGUACAUAAUACUGUAUAUUUAAUUUACUGUGGAAGGUAUACCUCAAAAACACCUGUAAGGUAUAUACAAUUAUACAUAUCAACUAUAGAAAUGAGCAAAUAAUUGUUUAUAUAGCUAUUUACAUGGAAUGUUUUCAUGAAUACCCACUUACAAAUAAGGCUUAACAGAUUGGUUACUUGCAGUUUAUUGAAGAUCUAAGACUGGUGUGAUAGGCACUGUGUAUACGUCAGAAAGAUACAAAGUUACAAGUAUUACAAACAUGUAUAACCUCUAGCCUGGUAUAGCCUGAUUGUUUAAUUGAGUUAAAGAAACUGGUAACCUUGGUAUUGACUGAUAUCUCUGAUGCUGACUGCUAACUCUUCAUAUUGACUAGUAAACUUGUAAACUUGGAAGGUUUUAAUUGGAAUUUAUUAGUCUGCUAUAUAUUGACUUGAAACUCUGAUAUUGACAGUGAACUCUUUCUAGUAUUGAUUGAUAACUUUGUUAUGGUCUGGUUACCUUGGUAUUGACUGGUAAUUCAGGUAUUGACUGUUAACUCUCUCUAGUAUUGACUGGUGACCAUGGUAUUGAUAUCUGUUAUUUAUGAUGGUCAUAACCAGAAAACAUUAUAUUUUGUUCCUUUAUUGGUUGUGCACUGUGCUUUUUAUGCAUGAAUCUUCUGAAAAAUGUUAGAUAACUAUAUUACUCAAGAUAAACAUAUUAGGAAUUUAUAUGAAUAUGUUAGGAAUUGAUAAUGCAAAAGAUCUCAUGAUAUGUUUUUCUAUGAAAUAUUUCAAUGAAAUAUAUUGUACUUGUCAUGUGUGUUUUGUUUUAUAAAGUAAAGAGCUGUGAAACUACACAAGACCUAACAUUUUAUUUUGAACUCUUUAGUGUAUCUAUAAUAUCUUUUUUAAAUCAUGAUU